ACAUAUAUUUCAUCAUAGACUGACAGUCAAUAUGAUAAUAAGGCAUAAGGCUAGACUUUGGGAAGUGUCCACUUAAUCAUCUAAAUCUAGAAUCUAGAUCUAGAUUUAGAUCUAGAUCUAGCUUGCUUAGAUCUAACUAACUAAAUCUAGUCUACCAUUAGUCUAGAUUACAUAUCUAAAUCUGGUAGACUACACUAGAUCUAGAUCAGUUAAUUGUCCAAUCACAAUAUCUGUGACUUGAAUUUUUAGCUUUUUUUUAAAGAGGUUUUUUUUUAAAAAUGGGUUUGAUCAAUGGUAAUGACAAUAAUAAUCCGUCAAAUACAUUCAGCCCUUAUAUUGAAAAUUAUAAUGACAGGCCUCCAGAAAACAGCCUAGUUUCCUCCACUGAUGAUGAAUCUGACUCACAGUCGUUGCCAAGUCAGCCAGCAUCGCGGCCACGACGACAUCGCACCAAACAAUACAUUUCAGUGUCUCAGGAAAAUCUUUCCAGAUUUGGCAGUAGACGAGGAAUUAGACAUGCCAGAAGGGUUGAUAACUUGAAAUACCUCCUGAACCUGGAGGAAAAAGAUGAGGACAUUGUCAUGAAUGAUUCAGUCUCUAGCUUCGAGCCAAGUUCUUCUCUGUUUGAAGUACUAUUUGAAAACCCAGAGAAAAUGGAGGCCUGGAGCAGCUUUGUUGAGAGUUCAGAAGAAGAUCAAAUGAAAAUCCUCAACUACCGUGGUCUGCAUGUCAUUAGAGAAGAUGAUGAAUGGGACACAGAGAUGACAACAGCUGAGGACACUUGGGUCAUGAUUUUAGAUGACAGAAGUGACCACCCAGCCUACAGUCCAGUCCAAUGCUACAACAGAGUGGACAGAAACCUGCGGGCUCUGUUGAAGCGCAGACAGUUACCAAUGGGCAUGCUGGCCAACCUGGAGAGGGAGCUGGUUACAUUCUUCCAUGACUGUCCAACAUCCGUCUUUAUUUCACACAUCUCCAGCAGUUACGAGAGGAUGUUGCUGCACGCACUCUGCCAGUAUUUGGAUCUUCACUCGCAAAGUUUUGAUGAAAAUGGUUCUCGCAGAACUCAAGUUGAAAACAGGAACCAACUGUUCCGACCUCCAUCCCUGCUCUUAACAGAAUACUUACAGCAACACCAACAGUCUUUGUGAUUGGCCAGCUUUUUAACCAAUGGGCGACAACCUUUCUGUCUGGCCUCUGUUUCAAUAAGUGGUCUACAUGUUUGAAUUGAACUCUUUUUAAAAUGAUCUUGUGAACUGUAGUGGAAAGUCAAGGCCUGUUGAGGUCAUAAGUCAAGGCCAUAUUUUCCAAUUAGCCUUUUACAUUUCAAGUAGAGCAGUUGGCCAAAUAAAAAUCUGAAGAGGCUGAGCAAAUGCCAACAUGUCAUCAGACAAAUGUCAACAUGUCAUCAGACAAAUGCCAACAUGUCAUCAGACAAAUGUCAACAUGUCAUUAGACAAAUGUCAACAUGUCAUCAGACAAAUGUCAACAUAUCAUCAGAUAAAUGUCAACAUGUCAUUAGACAAAUGCCAACAUGUCAUCAGACAAAACACUACCACAAGAUAUACUGCAAGAUAUACAGCCUUAAUACUCGAUCUCACAGGGCAUUGGACAUCAUGCCCACCCGCACGGGCAUUUAUGACAUCACACCCACCCUCUAAGGGGCAUUGAUGACAUCACAUCCACCCUCACAGGGCAUUGAUGACAUCACAUCCACCCUCACAGGGCAUUGAUGACAUCACAUCCACCCUCACAGGGCAUUAAUGACAUCACAUCCACCCUCUAAGGGGCAUUGAUGACAUCACACCCACCCUCUAAGGGGCAUUGAUGACAUCACAUCCACCCUCUAAGGGGCAUUGAUGACAUCACACCCACCCUCUAAGGGGCAUUGAUGACAUCACAUCCACCCUUACAGGGCAUUGAUGACAUCACAUCCACCCUCACAGGGCAUUGAUGACUUGAUACCCAGUCACAAGAUGUUAUUGCCAGUAACCUCAGUAAAUUUCAAAAUAAAAUUCAAGUCUUGACAUUUGUUGA